CGGCAGCAGAUAUUAUAGAGGCCGGCGGAGCCGCCUCAUCCACGGCGGGCGAAAAUAAUGGAGGGAGGAGAAGAAGCGGCACCGUCGUUCGAGCACACUCCGACGUGGGUUGUCGCCGUCGUGUGCUCCGUCAUCAUUAUCAUUUCCUUGCUAGCCGAACGUGGCCUCCAUCAACUUGGACGGCUUUUCAAGAGAAAGGACCAAGGGGCUUUGUUCGAGGCCUUGCAGAAACUCAAGGAUGAGUUGAUGCUAUUGGGGUUUAUAUCACUACUUUUGACAGUGACACAAGGGCUAAGCAAACACUUGUGCAUUCCUCACUAUCUCUCAACCAUCAUGCUUCCAUGCCAAUCCCCUAAUUCUGCUUCUCAAAAUCAUCACACCCACACCAUAAUUAUCACAAGGCUUUUGGCCACCACCACACAUACAAAAAACUUAGAACAUUGCGCAAGUAAGGGAAAGGUGCCAAUGGUGUCGUUUGAGGCGCUGCAUCAACUGCACAUAUUCAUAUUUGUAAUGACUCUUGUUCAUGUUACCUUUUGUGCCACUACUACGGUCCUUGGAGGUCUAAGGGUAAGACAAUGGCGGCAUUGGGAGCAUUCAAUUCAAAAAGCUUCACAAGAAGAACAAGGUCAUCACAGAUUACAUAAAUUGCAUCUUCAAUCAUUCAAGGAAAGAGCAGGCAAAUUUUGGAGAAGGUUUGCUGUUAUAAGUUGGCUGGUGGCAUUUUUCAAACAAUUCUAUGGUCCAGUUACCAAGUCUGACUACGUUGUGCUGAGAUCUGGAUUUAUAAGUGCCCAUUGCCCUACAAAACUUGAUUUUGAUUUCCACAAGUACAUGUUGAGGACACUGGAACAUGAUUUCAAGAAAAUUGUGGGCAUUAGUGGACUCCUGUGGGCGUUUGUUGUUCUUUUCUUGCUGAUGAACAUUGCAGGAUGGCAUACUUAUUUUUGGAUGUCAUUUUUGCCUAUAACUCUUCUGCUUAUAGUGGGAACAAAGUUAGAGCACAUAAUCACAGAAUUAGCACAAGAUUUAGCAGAAAGAAAUGGAACGGAAGCGGUGGGGAUUAAGCCCUCGGAUGAGUUGUUUUGGUUCAAAAGCCCAAAACUAAUAUUUCACUUGAUUCACUUCAUUUUGUUCCAAAACUCUUUUGAGAUUGCAUUCUUUGCCUGGAUUUUGUCUACAUACGGGUUCAGAUCAUGCAUCAUGGAAACAUUGGGUUUCACCAUCCCAAAGCUUGUAAUAGGUGUGAUUGUUCAAGUCCUCUGCAGCUACAGCACACUCCCUUUAUAUGCUCUAGUUACCCAGAUGGGAAGCCACUUUAAACAAGGGAUUUUCGACGAACUCACGCAGGAAAAAAUUCUGGCCUGGGCUAGAAGAAGAAAGACCGGCUCAACGGCUCACUUGGCCACACUCCCAUUUGAAAGCAUCACCACAUCUGAUAGGCCAGCAGCCGGCAUCUCAUCAACAAUUCAGCUCUCUCAUUAUCCAAAUCCUGUAUAAUAAUAAUAAUCAUAAUAAUAA